GCCUGUCCAUGUGGACGUUGCGAACUGUCAACAUUACAUUACUGCAUCAUCCGAAGGGGAACUUUACGCCUCACGCCUACUAUUUUAAUUGGUGUGUGAGGAAAGUACGAGCUGAUAACUUCUCCCCAACAUGAAAGUCGUUGGAUCUACUUGCGCCUUGAAGAGCAAAGUAGGCAGCGAGGAUAUGGUGCGCUGCUUAUCCGAGCAGAGUUUGGCCAUCUCAAAGUGCAAGAUCCCGCUACUGGACGAGCAGAUGAGCGUCUUUCUGCAAGACAUGAACAGCUGCUACAGCAAGCUCAAGGAGCUCGUGCCCACCUUGCCCACCAACAAGAAGGCGAGCAAGGUGGAGAUCCUACAGCACGUCAUCGACUACAUUUGGGAUCUGCAAGUGGAGCUGGACGAGCCGGAGAGGAGCCACCACCAGCCCGGGGGCGUGCAGGCGCGCACGCCGCUCACCGCGCUCAACGCGGAGCUCGCCAGCAUCGCCGUAGAGAAUGGCUGUUCGGAUGACAGGAUCAUGUGCCGCUAAGAGUUUCACGGAGCAUCUUGAGCUGAAGCUCAAGGCUUUCCAAAGGUGUCCCCACGCACCAUCCACGAGAAACUUUGAACUGUUAGUGCAGCUGGGUGCGGUUCCCGCUCCCAGAGAAAAAUAAAGCUAGAAGCGUUGCGUGGACGUUAUCGCGUUGGAGAAGAGUGUCAAAGCAAGAAGUCACCCAAGGCUCUCGAUUCAUCAAGAGGGUCCAGCGAGAGAAAGAGAAUAACUGCUGGGUGGGCUACACAGAAGACUGGGCUGGCCACUGGGACCAAGACCAGAAGUGUCCAGCGCAACCAGAAGAACAUGUUCUACAAAGCUUCUGCUGUUGCAUUCUUGUAUCUUGUGCAAACUAUCUGAACAACAAAAAAUCAUUCCACAAAUUUGUAUUUUUGUUAAUUCUCAGAUUCCUGAGCAACAAACUGUAUUGUAUAUUACAAUGCCACAUUAUGUGCGAACAUAUUGUUUUUUUACAAUGUACAUGUUAUUUGUGUUUUUUUAAUUAAAACAAGACAAUUAUUUUUUAA